GGCCCAAUAGCUUCUUGCGAAUUCUUCUUUUUCCUUUCUUCUACCGAAGUCAUACAAAGUAACUUCGAAACCUUUUACUUACCUUUGAACCUUUACCGUGAAGUUGAUCUUCAUCCCCCAAUUUCUCAAAUUUGUACUUUUUGCGCCGGGAAAGUCACCUCACCGCCGACGCUUCCCCGCAUAGCAAACAGGACCCCUCAACACCAAGCUUGGCAUCACCAUCAAAUCACCGAACCACCACCACCAUCUCUAUCACAAAUUACCACAGCUCAAGCUCAACUUAACGGCACGAGAAAGAAGUGCACAGCCGACAAAAUGACUACCUCCACCUCCACCCCCAGAAUCACAGUCCUAGGCUCCCUAAACAUAGACCUGGUAGCCUACGUCUCCCACCACCCGCUGCCAGGAGAAACCAUGACCGCCAACUCCGUCGCCGUCUCCCCCGGUGGAAAGGGGGCCAACCAAGCCGUCGCCUGCGCCAAGUUAUCCCGCUCCCACAUUUCCUCUUCUUCUUCUUCUUCUUCUUCUUCUUCUUCCUCCGAAGAAACCGCUCACAUUACCAUGCUUGGCACAGUCGGCGCCGACUCUUAUGGUUCCCUGCUCAAAGAAAACCUUGCCAAACACGGCGUCGACGUCUCGGGCGUGCGAGUUCUGGAUUCUCCCGGAGCCAAGACGGGCAUGGCCAUGAUUGUGGUGGACGAGCCGACGGGCCAGAACCGCAUCAUCUUGAGUCCCGAGGCGAACCAUUUCCUCCAGCCCGAGCACGUUUCCGAGGUUGCACACCUCAGUAGCAGUGGUGCGCCCGAAAAGCCGGAUUUGCUCAUCAUGCAGCUCGAGAUCCCUGUGCCUACGGUGCUGCAGGCGCUCAAGACGGCCAAGCAGAAUGGGGUGCAGGUCUUGCUGAACCCGGCGCCGGCGGUCCCCUUGCCGGAUGAGGCGUUUGACGGGCUGGCGCACUUGGUGGUGAAUGAGACGGAGGCGGCUAUUCUUAGCGGGUUGGAGGAGUCGGUGCUCGACACGGAGGAAGGGCUGGAGAAAGUGGGCAAGGUGUUUUUGGAAAAGGGGGUCAAGACGGUGAUUGUCACUUUGGGUGGACGGGGAGUUUUCUUCAUGACUGGUGGUGAGGGGGGAAGCAAAAAGGGAUUGAUCAAGGCGGAGAAGGCCAAGGUGGUGGAUACCACGGCGGCGGGUGAUACGUUUGUCGGAAUGUAUGCGCUGGAGGUGGUGAUUGCUGCCAAAAAGGGGGAACAGUUUGAUAUCGAGGGCGCGGUAAGGAAGGCGAAUAAGGCGGCGGCGAAGACGGUGGAGAGGCUCGGGGCACAGGAUUCGAUUCCGUGGAGGGAUGAGUUGUUGUAGAUGUGAGAUGCGCGCGGGG